CGCCCCCUCCAGUGACAGUAGCUGCUCGGCACCGGCAGCGGCGGGAGGUCAUGGCUCCGGCUCACGUCCUGCGCUGCUGCCAGCGGGUGGUCGGCUGGAUCCCGGUGCUGUUCAUCACGCUGGUCGUCUGCUGGUCCUACUACGCCUACGUGCUGGAGCUGUGUGUGUUUACAAUAAAGUCAGACACUGAAAAGGCUAUCUACCUGGUGUUUUUUCACCUGUUUUUUAUAAUGUUUGUGUGGUCGUAUUGGAAGACAAUAUUUGCACGGCCAGUUAACCCAACCAAAGAGUUCUGUUUAUCCAAAUCUGACAAGGAGCUGUAUGAGAGGGAGGAGAGGCAGGAAUUCCAGCAAGAGAUCCUCAAACGAGCUGCUAAAGAUUUACCCAUCUAUACCACAACGGCUACAAAAGCAAUCAGGUAUUGUGAAAGAUGUCAGCUGAUUAAACCGGACCGAUGCCACCAUUGUUCAACUUGCGAUGUGUGUGUGCUGAAGAUGGAUCAUCAUUGCCCAUGGGUGAAUAACUGUGUGGGAUUUUCCAAUUACAAAUUCUUCCUGCUGUUCCUCAUGUACUCCUUGCUGUACUGCCUGUUCAUUUCUGCCACAGUGCUGCAGUAUUUCAUUCGCUUCUGGACGCUUUGCCGCAGCAAAUCUGAAGAGUCUUGUCCCCAGAAUGAGCUACCAGACACACGUGCUAAGUUCCACGUCCUUUUCCUAUUCUUCGUGUCGGCCAUGUUCUUCAUCAGCAUACUGUCUUUGUUCAGCUAUCACUGCUGGCUGGUUUCGAAAAACAGGUCAACUAUAGAGGCUUUCCGCGCUCCAUCUUUCCGAACAGGACCAGAAAAAGAUGGCUUUUCUCUGGGCUUCAGCAAGAAUUUGAGAGAAGUGUUUGGGGAUGAAAAGAAGUUUUGGCUGCUCCCUGUAUUUACAAGCCUGGGGGAUGGGUGUUCUUUCCCCACACGUCUUGUGUUUGGUGACCCAGAGCAAAAUAUUUCAGCAGUUCAGACUGACAUUGCUAAGCAUGUGGGGCCGAGUCAGUCUUUUCCAGCCAGACCGCUGAGUGAGUCACAGAACAGGCUGCUGGGAAGUGACAGUCAUUGGGCUGAUGGGAGCGCGGGUGAAGAUCAAACACAAAAGGAAGAGAAAAACCAUGUAUCUGUGUGUGUGGAGAGCUGAUCAUUACCACAGCCAUUCCUCAAACUGGGGAAUAGGCAGCCUGCUGCACACCAUGUACUGGAAUAUCACGGAUCCUGGUGCCACGAGCCUUCAUGCAAAAUGUCCAGAGAGCAGUGUUUCCAUGCGCUGCUGCGAUUGCCUCAGAAGCACCAUGAAAAGAUAACUGUUGCCUUAAUAUCCUCCUAGUGCAUUAACGCAACAUAAUCACCCUUUUACACAUUGACGUUUAUUGCCUAGCGACUUUUUACCUAAACAUUAUUGUAUCUUCUCGAGUUCAGUGUUUAGUCUGCAUCCAACUUUUACAAUGCAAUAACCCUUUUUAAAGUCUGUCUACAACGUUCUGAUCGAAGCAGUUAUUGCCAAGACUUUGCCAUGAGGGAGACCAGGCUAUGCCGAGGCCUGGCCUUUGCACCAGCAACGUCACCGGUCAGAACCCAAUGAAUAUACGUAACCUCUGCUAGUUCUGAAAGGUCCCCACAGCCUUGCAAGUGGAUCACUGGUACAAUGUUCAUAUGCAUGAAGUCAAGGACAGCCAUUUUGUGGACUCAACCAGUAUUCAGGACUAUGCUGUCCAUGCUUCCUUACAGAGCCAUUGACUUUAGUAUCACCUCACGGUGGGCUUAAUUGAUGGAAAAUGAGUUGUCUUA